AAAGGCAGAGGGAGAAGCUCCUCGGCUUUCACCUCCUUAUAUGGUCAACCAUGGAGGGAAUUCUGACGGCAGCACAGCCCCUCACUAUGCUGUGCUCGUGCGGAGAGGUCCGCAGAGCUGAUGGAUCGAGAGGGAAGCUGAGAGGAGGUAUGGAACUCCCAGGGGCUCUGGGCAGCAGCAUCUAGCUGGGACAGACAUAGGAGAGGGACUACAAGCGAUGCAUGGAGACUCUAAGGCAGCAUCAUGCACGAGCAGACCAAACGUCCCUGAGCCAAAAUGACAGACCGUUAUGACUGCCACUACUGCAAAGAGUCCCUGUUUGGAAAGAAAUAUGUUCUUCGUGAAGAGAAUCCAUACUGCGUGAAGUGCUACGAGAGUCUUUACUCAAACACCUGUGAGGAAUGCAAGAAACCCAUUGGCUGUGACAGCAGGGACCUAUCCUACAAGGAUCGUCACUGGCAUGAAAACUGCUUCCACUGCUUCAUGUGCCAACGCUCUCUAGUGGACAAGCCCUUCUCCACCAAGGAUGAGCAGCUGCUGUGCACUGAGUGUUACUCAAAUGAAUACUCUUCCAAGUGCCAUGAGUGCAAAAAGACCAUCAUGCCUGGCUCUAGGAAGAUGGAGCAUAAAGGGAACAGUUGGCAUGAGACCUGCUUCACCUGCCAGCGCUGCCAGCAGCCUAUUGGCACCAAGAGCUUUAUUCCCAAAGACAACUACAACUACUGCGUGCCCUGCUACGAGAAGCAGUUUGCCUUGCAGUGUGUGCAUUGCAAGAAGCCCAUCACUACUGGUGGAGUGACCUACCAUGAUCAACCCUGGCAUAAGGACUGCUUCCUGUGUACAGGCUGCAAACAGCAGCUUUCUGGCCAGCGGUUCACCUCCCGUGAUGAAUUUGCCUACUGUCUAAACUGCUUCUGCAACCUUUAUGCCAAGAAGUGUGCCUCUUGCACCACCCCAAUCAGUGGGUUGGGAGGAUGCAAAUAUAUCUCCUUUGAGGAGCGGCAGUGGCACAAUGACUGCUUCAACUGCAAGAAGUGCUCUGUCUCCUUGGUUGGCCGGGGAUUCCUGACUGAAAGAGAUGACAUCCUGUGUCCCGAAUGCGGCAAGGACAUCUGAUGGACAUUAAUGAAUGAGAGCAAAAUUUCAGUCAAGAUAUAUGGCCACACAACACAAAUGUGGUAAAAGCAAUGAACAAUACUAUUGUCAGCACUGCAUAUUAUCAACAGUACUGCUAAAAACACCAAAGACUACCAUUACUAACCCGGUAUGUCAUUGGACUAUAGAAUAUGCCAUAAUAACAAUAAUCAUAAUCAACACUAAUCAUUUAAAAUUAAGGGGUGGCUGGC